CACAACACAUCCUCAUUCACUUCCUGCACCAGAUUGAAGGGGUUGCUUUGGAAUAAACCCACCAAGGUUUCCUCCUCACAACCCCUAAAACUCUAAACACCAACACUCCAAUCAUAUAUCAUGGCCAUCUUGGGGAGUCACAAUCCUCUUGCAGCCACUUUUGGCAUAUUAGGAAACAUCAUUUCCGUCAUGGUAUACCUGGCUCCGGCGCGAACGUUUCAGAAAAUCUACAAAAAGAAAUCCACCCAGAGUUUCCAAUCUCUACCUUACUUGGUGGCAUUAUUCAGCUCUUCCCUUUGGUUGUUCUAUGCAUCAUUCGACUUCAAACACUCCCUUUUGAUUAUCACCAUAAACUCCUUUGGAUGCGUGACAGAGAUCAUCUACAUUCUCAUCUUCGUAAAGUAUGCGGAUAGGGAUGCCAAGAACUUAACCAUUAAGCUGUUUGCGGUAAUGAACUUGGGGUGCUUGGCCUCGAUCGUUUUGGUAGUGCGUUGCGCUGUCGAUCAAAGCAAACGAGUCUUAAUCAUUGGAUGGAUUUGUGACGUGGUUUCAGUGAUUGUCUUUGCAUCACCUCUGAGCGUUGUGUUCCAAGUUAUAAGAACGAAGAGUGUACAAUUUAUGCCCUUCUGUUUGUCAUUUUCCCUCUUACUGAACGCCAUAAUGUGGCUUGCUUAUGGUUUGUUCAACAAGGACAUGUGCGUUGCGAUGCCAAAUGUGGGUGGUUUAGCACUGGGACUGCUUCAGAUGUUGCUACAUGUGAUUUACAGGAAACGUGGUGCGACGGAGGAGGUAGCGACGGAGGAUGCAGUGAGAACCAUUGUGGUGGUGAUGAAUCCAUUGGGGCCUGCAGAAGUGUUUCCAAUAGCAGUGAAAGAUGAACAUUCUGAAGGUGGAGAGGACGAUGCAGAAGGGAAAACCGUGGAAGCCAACGAUUGCCCUCUGUGAUACGUAUAAAUAACACUACUUUGUUCUGUUUUCUGCUGCUGCUGCUGCACAUGAUUCUCUGAAUCAUUCUAUCAUCUUAUGUUAUGCUUGUUCAAACCUUAAUAUCAAUCAAAAUAUGCUUUACCUUAACUAA